CUUGAAUCCACCUCACAGAGUGAAGUCAAUUUCAAUGACUACUUUCACACAACAGGAAAUAGAAUUUCUGCAGAAACAUGGAAAUGAAGUGUGCAAACAGAUUUGGCUAGGCCUAUUUGAUGAUAGAUCAUCAGCAAUUCCAGACUUCAGGGAUCCACAGAAAGUAAAGGAAUUUCUACAGGAAAAAUAUGAAAAGAAAAGAUGGUAUGUUCCUCCAGAGCAAGCAAAGGUGGUGGCAUCAGUCCAUGCAUCCAUAUCGGGGUCUUCUGCUAGUAGUACAAGCAGCACACCUGAGGUGAAGCCACUCAAAUCUCUCUUGGGAGAAGCUGCACCCACACUGCACUUAAACAAGGGCACACCUAGCCAAUCUCCUGUUGUAGUUCGAUCUCAAGGACAGCAGCAACAAGAAAAGAAACAAUUUGACCUCCUCAGUGACCUUGGCUCAGAUAUCUUUGCUGCUGCUCCUCCUCAGUCAACGGCUACAGCAAAUUUUGCUAAUUUUGCACACUUCAACAGUCAUACAGCGCAGAACUCUGCAAAUGCAGGUUUUGCAAACUUUGAUGCAUUUGGACAGUCUAGUGGCUCGAGUAAUUUUGGAGGUUUCCCCACAGCAAGUCAGUCUUCUUUUCAGCCCCAAAAUACAGGUGGAAGUGCUGGAUCAGUGAAUGCUAACUUUGCUCACUUUGAUAACUUCCCCAAAUCCUCCAGUGCUGAUUUUGGAGCCUUCAAUGCUUCUCAGAGCAAUGCAACAGCAGCUGCAGCCGGUAAAGCUGCAGUGAAUAAACUCAAUCUCCAGUCAGCUGACAAAUAUGCAGCUCUUGCUAAUUUAGAUAAUAUCUUCAGUGCAGGGCAAGGUGCUGGUGAGCAAGGAAGUGGCUUCAGUACAGUAGUGUCAGCAUCAGCAGGUCCUGCGUUGUCAGCCCCAAAUCAGUCAAGUGCAUCUUCAGACAAGUAUGCGGCUCUAGCAGAAUUGGACAGCGUGUUCAGCUCCACAGCAACCUCUAGUAACGCGUAUACUUCCACCAGUAAUGUUAGCAGCAAUGCUUUUGGAACAGUACCCGUGGCUGCUACUGCACAGACACAGCCUGCGUCUUCGAGUGUGCCUGCUCCAUUUGGAGCAACACCUUCCACAAAUCCAUUUGUAGCUGCCCCUGUUGCCCCAGUGGCACCUUCAACAAAUCCAUUCCAGACCAAUAGCCGAGGAGCAACAGGCCUCUCAGGAGCAAUGCACUCUCACAUAUUUCCUCAGGCUCAUUUUGCAGCAACAUUUGGUACUGCAUCCAUGAGCAUGCCUGCAGGAUUUGGAACUCCUGCCUCCUACAGUCUUCCUACUAGUUUUAGUGGCAACUUCCAGCAGCCCACGUUCCCAACCCAGGCAGCUUUCCCUCAACAGACUGCUUUUGCUCAGCAGCCAAAUGGAGCAGGUUUUGCUGCAUUUGGACAGGCAAAGCCUGUAGUAACUCCUUUUGGACAAGUUGCAGCUGUUGGAGUAUCUAGUAACCCUUUUAUGGCUGGUGCACCAACAGCACAAUUUCCAACAGGAAGCUCAUCAACCAAUCCUUUCUUAUAGCCUUACAGACACUUUACCCAAAAGAACUCUUAUGUGGUCACAUAACAUCUCUGCGCCUCUUGCACUGUUGUCUUGUUUCACUGAUAUUAGCUUUAAACACAAAAGAAGUCUUUAAGAAGUAAAAAUAAAAGCCUGCAUUGUGUACCUUAAAAAAAAAAAAACCAACUGCACCACAAAACCCAAGAAAAUGACACCCCCCCCACCAGGUAAUAACGUGCAAAACAGAGGGCUGUGGUAAUAUCCUUGAACCUGUGAACUGGCAGGCAAAAAGUAGCGGUAUCAUGUAUAUUAAAAUUGGCUAAUAAGUUAUUGCAGAUACCACAUUCAUUAUGCUGCAGUACUGUACAUAAUUUUCUUAGAAAAUAGCUAUUUGUGCAUAUCAGUAUUUGUAACUUUAACACAUUGUUAUGUGAAAAAUGUUACUGGGAAAUAGAUCAGCCACUUUAAGGUGCUGUUGUAUCUCUUGGAAUGAAUGAGCAACAUUUUAACCAUUGGUAUUGGAAGUCAUGAAGUUAAAUUGAAGGUUUGUUCAUUUCUCAAAAUGUUUUCCUUUCCUAAGAGCUCUUCUAUUUAUACAUGCCUAAAUCUCUAAUGUUAGAGGGAUACCUGUCUGCAUAAUAAAGCUGAUCAUGUUUUGCUACAGUUUGCAGGUGAAAAAAAUAAAUAUUUGAAAAAACAC